GGCAACCACAUCAGUCAAAGCAUAGAGUAAACAUGAUUAUGCAGCUCUUGACCUGCCCCAAUAAAAAUUAGUUCUGGCAUUAUCAAAGCAAAUUAAAACUAGACUAGAUAACCAAGUUGUUCACAUUCACUAGUCACCAUUACUACCCGUUUUUCUCUUAGUGACAAAAUUUUGGUCGGAGCAUGCGUUCUUUGUGUUUCAGUUUCAUAAUCGGACCUACAAACUAUGUGAAGAAAGUUCCAUCAGUACUAUCUUCUCAAGCCAGCUUCUCAGCUUCCGAAUACAGUAUUAGAUUGGAUGUCAAUAAGCAUCAGAUUGUCAGUAGUCAUAGAAGCAGAAGGAAUUCCUAUACCUACAAUAGCAGAAAAGGAGGAAUUAGAGAGGAUCCGCUGUUAGGAGGCGGAGGAGGAGAUGUGGUGGUUGCCGCGCAGGUUCGGUGUGAAGUGGAAGUGGUGUCUUGGCGAGAACGGAGGAUUAAAGCUGAGAUUCCGGUGAACGCUGAUGUGAAUUCUGUUUGGAAUGCUCUCACUGACUACGAAAGGCUUGCCGAUUUCGUCCCUAAUCUCGUUAGCAGUAGGAGAAUUACUUGUCCAUGUCCUGGACGGAUUUGGUUGGAGCAAAGAGGUCUCCAACAAGCGCUUUAUUGGCACAUAGAAGCUCGCGUUGUAUUGGAUCUUCAAGAAUUCAUUAACUCGGUAAGCAUAUGAAAUCUGUUUUUGGGAGCUGUGACAUUCUAAUCUAUGAAGGCUCACAUAAAAAUUUGAUUGGGUAUUUUAAAUUAAUAGUAGACUAUUAGCAUACUCUGACUACAGUCCAUGCUUGUCUAGAAACAAGAGUUGUGCCACAAGUAAGUCUGAAAAACAAAAAGUUAAUCUGCUGGAAAAUAAGCCAAUACAGAGAGUAUCUUACUAGUGUCUAUCCAGUUUUCUUGAUAAAUAAUAUUUGUCCAUUGCCUAUCCUCUUCCCUAUUUCUUAUCCAAUUGAUGGAGUUGCAAAUGAGCAAUUCCUUUUGGUUAUUUUGCUUUUGUUUAUCAGUUACUGGAUUCACGUCAAUCUCCAUAGAGCCAAAUACCAAACCCAUUUGACAGUCGAAAUUCCCAUAUCUUUUUGUUUCGAUUAAGUGAGGGUAUGACUACUGUAUUGUUCUAGUUUUCAUUCAUUGUACUUAAGCUAUGACAUACUGAUCCUUAAAUCUCCAGAGCCAAAUGCGUCAGAUGCAAAAGCUAUGGGGGUUUCUAUAAAUUAUCCCAACAUGACAGUUGACUCAACUUGAAAAUGUUACUUAAGAAGUGGUUAUUAGUUAUAUGAAAUUUCUUCUGUAUUUAAGUAUAGGUGUCUGGGGUUAAAUGGUACUUAUAGACUUUAUAACUUUUCGAGUGCGCUUCUCCUAAGCAAAGUCAUUGUGCCGAAUAUGAUUACAUUUUUCACAAGCAGCGAUAAUUCUUCUUAUUUUUCCGCAUAUAGAACAAUAUUCGCUUUUCCAGCAGUCAUCUAGAACACUGGGAGACGUCUAAAGAAUGUCAGUUACUUCGCUGUUUCAUGAGAAAGAUCUCCUAGGAGCUUCCUUUCUAAAUUUUAAUUUUCAGAGCUUGUCUCCUUAAUAGCAAUAUUUGUGUAUAUCUAAACAAUUUUCAGAUCCAUUUCGCAGCUGCAUUUCAUGUGUAGCAUAUGGAGUAGAAUAUGUAUUGUGAUUUGUGUAUAGUUAUAAAUAGGGCUACUGUAAAACAUUUAAUAGAAUAUCAAUAAUAUAUUUUUUUUCCGUGCUUUCUCACAUGGUAUCAGAGAGGUAGUGAGAAAAUACUCGUUGUGCAAUCUACCAACGAUUACGGGAAGAAACGGUCGCUGUGCAACUUUUCCGGUGGCUGUUUGCGUCAAAACCAUUUUUUACUAGGAGUGAGGCGCCCAAGGUAGAAUUGACCCGACUAGGACCCCAAGUCUUUACUAAAAUGAACUCUGCAACAUUGUGGCCAAAAUUUUAGGUUUCAACUCGCUGUAAAGAAAAUAUAACUGCCUUUCGCUGAUAAUUGUUUGU